AUGGCGUCCCAAAAACAUGUCGCGGAGGUCCCGCGCAACCUCUUGCCUCGCUUGACCUGGAACAGCGCCUCCUCUCGGCCAACCGUCACUCCCUCGCAUUGUCCCGCACUCACAAAAAGACCGACGAACUCCUCUCAGGGCUGGAGUCCUAUCAACCGUCAAAUCCACUCUCUCACCACUCGUCACCAGUCCUCCCGGGCCUUUUCCACUGCCAUCCGCGACUCCCACUUCGUCUCUCCUGUUUCCCGUCGACCCUCCGCUUCCACUACGACACACCCAGCCAGGGAACAACCUCUUACCAGUCCGAUCCGACACAAUGGCGUUUACGUCGCGGCAUUCAAGCCUGCACAGCGCGCAUUCCAUGCGACACCUUCUCGACCCCGUGAUCACCAUUUUGACACCCUGCGCUUCGUCAAGAGGCUCCAGGCCGAGGGGUUCAGCGAAGAACAAGCCGUAGCCAUGAUGAGAGUGUUGAACGAUAUCAUCCAAGAGUCGAUUCAAAACUUGACGCGGACGAUGGUCCUCCGUGAAGAUUCGGAGCGAUCAACGUACACCCAAAAAGUCGACUUCGCCAAACUUCGCUCCGAACUCCUAAACGCCGACUCCACCGAGGCACAACUGACCCGCUCAUCGCACGAGAAGAUCGCAGCGGAUCUCGCAAAGCUUAACUCCCGGCUGCGCGAUGAGAUUGGCCGUACGCAGGCGUCCGUCCGAUUAGAUCUGAACCUCGAAAAGGGCCGGAUCCGCGAGGAGGCUAAUGGCCAGGAGAUGCGGAUUAAAGAGACGGAGACACGGAUUGAGCAGGAAGUUGCUGGUCUGCGGGAGCGUGUCGAGGCUGUCAAGUUCUCGACAUUGCAGUGGCUGAUGGGUGUUUGCACCGGUACUGCUGCUUUGAUUCUUGGUGCUUGGCGCCUGUUUAUGUGA